CCGACCGGCGUUUUCGAGAUCUGAUUUUAUGGACGGAAGCUAAAUAUAUAAGUUAGGGAUUUUGAAAAGAGAUGAAGAAAAUCCGGUAGAUUUCGAUUUGGGAUGGAGAUGGAGAUGGAGGAAGAGGAGGGAGGGAAAGUUAGGGCUUUGAUAGAGAAGGCGACGAACUCAACUGCGGCGGAGGUCGACCCUCGCCUCCUCAAAGCCAUCAAAUCCGUCGUCCGAUUCUCGGAUUCUGAACUCCGACUCGCCGCCAGUACCCUCAUGGAAUUCAUGAAACGCGACCACUCCCAGGUGCGGUAUCUCACGCUUCUCAUCAUUGAUGAACUUUUUAUGAGGUCAAAGCUUUUCAGAAGUCUGCUUGUUGAGAACUUGGAUCAGUUGUUGACGUUAAGUGUUGGGUUUAGAAGAAAUUUACCACUGCCUGCUCCUCCAGCUGUUGCAUCCAUUUUGCGGUCUAAGGCAAUUGAGUUCUUGGAGAAGUGGAAUGCUUCAUUUGGGCUUCAUCACAGGCAACUUAGAUUAGGUUUUGACUACCUUAAAAAUACUCUCAGGUUACAGUUUCCUAAUCUACAGGCAAAUGCAGCUAGGUUACAGCAAGAGAGGAGGGAAAGGGAGAGGAGAACACAAGAAAUUUUAAAGACAAAGUUUCAAAACCUGAAGGAGAAUUUUAGUUCCAUAAAGGAAGAAAUACAGACAACGGUGGAUGAAAUUGGUGAGUGUCUAGACAUUGUUCGUGCUAAAGAGGAGAGUUUGCCUCUUGUCCCUUUAGACGAUGAAGAUUAUGUAGAGUUCAAUUCUUCUGAGUUGAGGCAGAUCCGUCUUCAAUCAAUAAAAGAAGGGGAAAAGGUUCAUGAGAACAGUGAAAACAAAGUAGUUUUUGAUGCAUUAAGGGAGUUGUAUAAACUUCUUGUGACAAAGCAUCUGGUUUCAGUUCAAGAAGAGAUCUCACUUCUUAUAAGGGUUGAAGUCACUGACACCAGAUCCAGAGAUUCCAUGCUGAAGGAGUUGAUUGAUAUUCGGAAUCGUCUCCAAUCUGUGAAGAAAGAAUGUGAAGAAUCAGGUUGUGAUCUUCCUAAAACUCUAAACAAGGACAAAGAAGAGGAGGAAGACUUUUGGGUGGAAGUUAAGGUUGGAUCAACUGAGAAUGAUAGCUCCACUGUACCUAUUACGAAUGAUGGGAAUCUUGCUGCUGCUCUAAAUUCUCAUGAGGAAGUUAAGGGGACUUCCAUGAAACCUGAUAGGCGAACUAAAGAUCCUGCCAAGGCAUCAACGUCCGACAAGGUGGUGGAUAAAGCUAAACAACGCAGCAACAUAAAUUCCAAGAUCAAUGAGUCUCUAGAUUGUGAAGCCUCACUUAGGAGUAAGCUUUUGGCUGAAGCUCCGGUCGUUGAUUGGGGUUCUUUGUUGGAUAAUUGGGGCCCUAACAGGGAUGUUUUGGCCAACCAGAGGGGCUUGGAGCUUGAAAGUCACUGGGGCAGGGUAGAUUACAAUGCUGUUAUUCCAGCAGAAAAAAUUGCAGAAUUGAAUCUCCAGGCAACUGUUUAUCAAGAACAGCAAGCAGAAAUCCAGCCAUGCCGUGCACCUUUGAGUAAAGGAGGACUUUGUGAGAGAAGAGAUUUGAGAGUUUGCCCAUUUCAUGGGCCCAUCAUUCUUCGAGAUGAGGAAGGAAACCCUUUAAAUCAGAACUCUUCCACGAAUGAAAGAAGUCUUGAAUUAGGGUCUGAAAUAGCUGAGAACUUAGCAAAACAAGCUGUCAAGAAUGUUCGGGAUAGAGAUAAAGAGGAAGCAAGGAAGAGAAAAAUUGAUAAAGAGUCUCUCAAGCGUGCAAAGCUUGCUAAAGUCCGGGAACACAAUGAAGCCAUUCUACGUGAUGCUGCACUGGCUUCAACUUCCAGAUCCGAAGCUGUUUACGAAGCUAUAGAGGAAUCAACAACAGGACAGAAGAAGCAAACUCUCGCAUCCAUGCUACGAAAGAAAGUUACAACAAAGGACAGAUUGGCUCAAAGACUUCUGAAUACCCGAGCGACGGAUUCAACCAUAAGACAACUAACAAUGGGUGAGGAUGCAAAUUAUAGAGAAGCCUUCCCCAAUCAAUGGUAAAUGGAUCCCCUAUCAAGCUAUGGAAUUUGUCUGGGAGAAGUGGACUUCCCCAGAAGCAUAUGCUGGCACCUCACAAACGGUUUCAGUGGCAUCCAUCAUCCCUUCAUCCGUCAUAUGUUGAUUGCUUUAAGCUAGGUUGAAGUUAUGCCUAGUCUUGUAAUAAAGUUCUUUUCUUUGUCUUGAAAAUUUUGUAACAAAUUUCAUUUUAUUGUAGAUAAAUAAGGGGUCAGACCAUCCCAUGGGAAAUGGAUAAAGGAGAAGUUUCCAACUUGUUACUGCUUUUUGAUUGUAAAUGGAUGAUGGAGUAUUCAAGUUCUUCUUCGCUCUUAAGCCAAUAUAAAUAGAAUUAGAAU